AUGGGUCAUUGCGCGUCUCGCGAUCAAAAGGAUCAAAAAAAAUUAAAUAGACGCAUCGAUGAACAAAUCAAAAGAGAUCAGUCGUUAUCACUACGUAUCAUUAAACUUCUUUUGCUUGGUUUAAUUCUCCACAAAGAUGGUUUUUCUCAACAAGACUUAGAAAUGGUUCGGCCAGUUGUACAUAGUAAUUGUAUUCACAGUAUGCUUGCCAUUCUCAGGGCAAUGUUUCACUUGCAAAUCGAUUAUGAAGAUCCUGAAAGAAUGCGUGAUAGUCAAAUUGUAUUUGCGACUGUUCAUGCGAAUAAAGAAGAAUUAACUGAGGAAUUAUCAGCAGCAAUGCAACGAUUAUGGUUGGAUGGCGGGGUGAGAGAAUGCUAUAAGCGAUCUAAUGAAUACCAAAUUGAUGAUUCUGCCAAAUAUUUUCUUGAUAAUUUAUCGCGACUUAGUUCUCCAAAUUAUCUCCCAACAGAACAAGAUUUAUUGCGAACUCGAAUUAAAACCACAGGAAUCACCGAAAUUCUCUUCGAAUUGAAAGGAUUAACAUUUCGAGUGAUUGAUGUUGGUGGACAAAGGUCGGAAAGAAAGAAAUGGAUUCAUUGUUUCGACAAUGUGAAUGCAAUCAUUUUUAUAUCUUCUUUAUCAGAAUAUGAUCAAACUUUACGAGAAGAUAAUUGCACAAAUAGAAUGCAAGAAUCAUUGAAAUUAUUCGAUUCGAUUUGUAACAGUCCGUGGUUCGCCGAUAUUCAUUUUAUUUUAUUUUUAAAUAAAAAAGAUUUAUUUGCUGAAAAAAUUACGCGAUCGCCUCUAACAAUAUGUUUUCCUGAAUAUAAAGGUCAACAGAAUCAGACAGAAUGUAUAAAUUAUAUUCAGUGGAAAUUCGAACAACUUAACAGAUCAUCGCAAAGGGAAAUCUAUUGUCAUCAUACAUGUGCAACUGAUACGAAUAACGUGCAAUUUGUGUUAGACGCGUGUCUCGAUAUGAUUAUAGCAAAAAAUUUGAAAUCAAUGGGAUUAUGUUGA